GAGGUGUUAAUACAGUAAUGGUGCAGAGCAAAAUUAGUGGUUUAUAAUCUUAGAGUGUUUAUUUACAGUGUUGCUCACUUAUUUUUUUUUUUCUCAUCUGUUUCAGCCGAACAAACUUGUUCACCUUGGAGCUACAAACAUUGGUGAUUUGAAAUUUGAGCUCAUCCUCCACUGUUCCUGCGCAAGCAAGGACCAGAAAAAUGAAUAUCCAGGGGAAAGGCUUCCCCUUGGACCUUGGAGGAAGCUUCACUGAAGAUGCUCCGAGGCCACCAGUUCCUGGUGAGGAGGGGGAACUCGUGUCCACAGAUCCAAGGCCAGUUAGCCACGGUUUCUACUCUGGUAAAAGCGAUGUGGUUAGAAAUGAGACGUCCACGGCAACACCGAGGCGCUCCGAUUUGGAUUUGGGGUACGAGCCCGAGGGGAGUGCUUCACCAACUCCACCCUACCUGAAGUGGGCCGAGUCGCUGCACUCCUUGCUGGAUGAUCAAGACGGUAUCAACCUCUUCAGGACUUUCCUGAAACAGGAGGACUGCGCCGAUCUGCUGGACUUCUGGUUUGCCUGCAGCGGCUUCAGGAAGCUGGAGCCGUGCACGUCUAAUGAGGAAAAAAGACUCAAGCUGGCAAAAGCCAUUUACAAAAAAUACAUCCUCGACAACAACGGCAUUGUGUCCCGGCAGAUCAAACCGGCCACAAAAAGCUUCAUCAAAGACUGCGUCAUGAAACUGCAGAUUGACCCCGACAUGUUUGACCAGGCCCAAACAGAGAUUCAGUGCAUGAUAGAAGACAAUACCUACCCUUUGUUCCUUAAGUCGGAUAUUUAUUUGGAAUACACGAGGACAGGUGGGGAAAGUCCAAAAAUUUAUAGCGAUCCGAGCUCAGGGUCUGGGACAGGUAAAGGGUUACCCGGUUAUCUGCCAACUCUGAACGAGGACGAGGAGUGGAAAUGUGACCAAGAGGCCGAGCCCGAGGCCAGCAGGGACUCGGCACCAUCCAGCAGGCUCACACAGAAGCUGCUUCUGGAGACGGCCACCCAGCGCGCCGCCUCGGCUCGGCGCUACAGCGAGGGGAGGGAGUUCAGGCAUGGGUCGUGGAGAGAGCCUGUUAACCCUUACUAUGUCAACACAGGCUAUGCUUUGGCACCAGCGACCAGUGCCAACGACAGCGAGCAGCAGAGCAUGUCCAGUGAUGCCGAUACGAUGUCGCUGACGGACAGCAGCGUAGAUGGGAUCCCACCGUACAGACUCCGAAAGCAGCAUCGCAGAGAGAUGCAAGAAAGUGCCAAAGCAAAUGGACGUGUGCCACUACCUCACAUUCCUCGUACAUACCGAAUGCCAAAGGAUAUCCACGUUGAACCAGAGAAGUUUGCUGCAGAACUGAUCAAUCGUUUGGAGGAAGUACAAAAGGAACGUGAAGCAGAGGAGAAAUUAGAGGAGCGCCUUAAACGCGUUCGAGCGGAAGAAGAAGGUGAGGAUGCAGAUAUCUCUUCUGGUCCCUCGGUCAUUAGCCACAAGAUGCCUUCCGCCCAAGCCUUUCAUCACUUCGCUCCUCGUUACUCUGAGAUGGGCUGCGCUGGGAUGCAGAUGAGAGAUGCCCAUGAAGAAAACCCAGAAAGCAUCCUCGAUGAACACGUACAGCGUGUGAUGAAAACACCAGGCUGCCAGUCUCCAGGACCUGGCCGCCACUCUCCUAAGCCACGGUCCCCGGAAAGUGGCCACUUGGGAAAGCUGUCAGGGACACUAGGAACAAUUCCUCCAGGACAUGGCAAGCACGCAACAAAAUCAGGAAUGAAACUGGAUGCAGCUAACUUAUACCACCAUAAACACGUCUACCACCACAUCCAUCACCACAGCGUGAUGAAACCAAAAGAGCAGAUCGAGGCUGAGGCCACGCAGCGAGUGCAGAACAGCUUUGCUUGGAAUGUAGAUUCACAUAACUAUGCAACAAAGUCACGAAACUACACUGAAAACUUGGGCAUGGCCCCUGUCCCCAUGGACUCUUUAGGCUACAGCUCUUCAGGUGCUAAGAAGCAGCUGUCCCAUGAUAUGGUCCGACCCCUCUCCAUUGAGCGGCCUGUUGCGGUGCAUCCGUGGGUCAGUGCCCAGCUCCGAAACGUCGUCCAGCCUUCUCACCCCUUCAUCCAAGAUCCUACCAUGCCACCCAAUCCAGCCCCCAACCCUCUCACUCAACUGGAAGAAGCUCGCAGGAGGUUGGAGGAGGAGGAAAAAAGGGCUGGAAAACUUCCCCUUAAACAAAGGUUGAAGCCCCAGAAAAGACCAGGCAGCGGCGCGUCCCAGCCGUGCGAGAACAUCGUGGUCGCUUACUACUUCUGCGGAGAGCCGAUCCCUUACCGCACCCUCGUCAAAGGGCGCGUGGUGACGCUGGGACAGUUCAAGGAGCUGCUGACCAAGAAAGGGAACUACAGGUAUUACUUUAAGAAAGUGAGUGACGAGUUCGACUGUGGUGUGGUCUUCGAGGAGGUGCGGGAGGAUGACACCAUCCUGCCCAUCUUUGAAGAGAAGAUCAUCGGGAAGGUGGAAAAGAUCGACUAAGCUCCAGGGCUGCCGAGGCAUGAGGGACAGGACUGUGAAAGACUCUGGGACCGGAGGAGAGGGCCUGGGGCGAAUGCUGGCGGUGCUGCUGC